AUGGCCGAGACAGCCACCCCCCGUCCACCCAAGCAGGUGCUCUACUGCGGCAACUGCUCGCUUCCACCAGAAUACUGUGAGUACGGCGGCACAACCAAGAAAUGUGCCGACUGGCUCGAAAGCAAACAUCCCGACCUGCACUCCAAACUCUAUUCCACCGACGCGGCAGCAGAAGGCCUAAGCAACCUCUCCGUCGACGCCCAAAAACGUGCAGAAAAGGACGCCCAGAAGAAAGCCGCCAAAGCCGUCGCCGCCGAGUCACGAGAAGCCGAACGCCGCGCCGCCUCCAAGAUCAUCAUCAAACGCGUCGAGCGCAACAAACGGAAAUACGUGACCGAAGUCUCUGGGCUCGAGCAGUUCGGGCUAGACCUGAAAAAGAUUGCAAAGGAGUUUGGGAAGAAAUUUGCUACUGGCAGUUCGGUGACCAAGACGGCGGCGGGAGGGGAGGAGAUUACGGUGCAGGGGGAUGUGAGCGAUGAUGUGUUUGACUGGUUGCAGGAGAAUCAUGAGGAGAUCCCGGAGGACAAUAUUGAGCAAGUGGAGGAUAAGAAGAAGAAGGCUGCUGCCUAG